UGCUCAGUGCUGCUCUGCUCCAGAACACCUCACAACAUCCAUCGCCUACAUGGAUGGCUUAACAUCCGUCAGCACUGACCAGAGCCAGAAAAACCCCCGAUUCAACAUGGAUUGCGUUAAAUUGGACCUCUUAAACAUGUUAGACACAAAUAACAUAAUUAUAACGUAAAGCCUAGUCUUAAGCGUCAAUUUCAGUGGCAGUUACAGCCAUUGCGUUUUAUUUCGCAUUUAUAAACCGUUCGUUGUUGUGAAUGAUUCCAGAUAAAGACAAGGGAGCUUAAUAAUAGCGUUUAUUGCGGACAGUAUUAACUGAACAACCGGCACAGUUUCAGCAAUGGCAGACGCGGAGUUGCAAACCUUUACAUCCAUCAUGGACGCCCUCGUGCGCAUAAGCUCUAACAUGAAGAGCAUGGAGCGCGAGCUGCACUGUCCGGUGUGUGAGGAAAUGGUGAAGCAGCCCAUCGUUCUGCCAUGUUCGCACAGUGUGUGUGUGUUGUGUGCAGCUGAAGUGUUGGUUCAGAGAGGUUAUCCACCACCCGAACUCCCUCCAGAGCCCAACACUCCCACUUCCAGCCCCCUCACACGCUCCCCUCGACAGAACCGCAGACCUCCACCAAAAACAGACCGACUGGACAGAGUCAUCAGGACAGUGUGCGGAACUCAUCCGGGACGCAGGCGUAAAGACACCCCUCCUGUGCUCAUGCUGUUCCCCUGUCCCACAUGCAGAAGAGACGUGGAGCUGGGAGAGCGAGGCCUGGCCGACUGUCUGAGAAACCUCACACUCGAGCGCAUCGUGGAAAGGUACAGGCAUACAGUGAGUUUGGGCACUAUGGCGAUCAUGUGUCAGUUCUGCAAACCUCCUCAGACUCUGGAAGCCACUAAAGGUUGCGCCGACUGCAGGUCCAACUUCUGCAAUGAGUGCUUCAAACUGUACCACCCGUGGGGCACACCGCGCGCCCAGCACGAACACAUCCUGCCCACACACAGCUUCAGACCCAAGGUGCUGGUGUGUGUGGAGCAUGAGCAGGAGAGGCUGCAGUUUUACUGUAGGUCAUGUCAGCGUCUGUUGUGUUCACUGUGUAAACUCCGUCGUGCCCACAGUGGACACAAGAUCAUGCCUAUUGCGCUGGCUUACCAGACUCUAAAGGACAAAAUCACCAAGGAGAUGAACUACAUCUUAGCCAAUCAAGACUCAGUGCAGGCACAGAUCACCCAAGUAGAAAGUGGCAUCGCUCAGACUGAGGUGAACAGUGCGGUGGUGAAGGAGCAGUUGUCUCAGUGUGUGAAUGAGCUGCGAGCUGUACUGGCCGAGCGUCAGGGGGCUUUGGCUAUGUGUUUGGAAGGGUCUCGUGCACAACGGGCAGCAGCUCUCAACGCUCAGCUCUCUGAAAAACAGAGUCUGCUGGAAAAUGCAGGACUGCUCACGUACACUCAGGAGCUGCUUAAGGAAUCUGACCAGUCGUGCUUUGUUCAGGCUGCCAGAGUCACACACAACAGAUUGGUAAAAGCAAUAGAAAAUCUGCAGCAUUUCUCUCUUUCAGCUGAUCCCUCAUUCCGACACUUUCAGAUGGAUGUCUCCAGAGAGCUCAAAACACUCAGCAGCAUGGACUUUAUACAAGCCCCAUUGGCUCCUGUGAUUGACACUCAGAAGACCCUGGCCUAUGACCAGCUCUAUCUGUGCUGGCGCCUCCCACAAGACUCAGCCCCCGCCUGGCACUACUCAGUGGAGUUUCAGAGGAAAGUUGGUGGAGCUGGUGCAGUGUGGGGCAGGGUGUGGUCUGAAGGAAGCUCUGGAAGUAAUGGCACACACUGUUCUUGGCAGCGUCUGGAUGACGUGGGCGGGACCAGUGCUGUGAUUGACAAGCUGGAGAUGGACAGCGUGUAUGUUCUGAGGGUUCGAGGAUGUAAUAAGGCAGGGUUUGGAGAGUAUAGUGAGGAGGUGUAUCUACACACACCACCUGCACCAGUGUUGUCGUUCUGCCUGGAUUCGCGCUGGGGUCUGCAUGCGGAGCGGGUGGCACUGGGGAAGGGGCAGACGUACGCCCGCAGUGUUCCUGGGAUGACGCUCUUGCAGGCUGCUGAUAGGGCCCUGACAUCCUGCCAUCUCACAUCUGACCUUCUCGUGGCUGACGUUUCCAUCACACAGGGACGACACUACUGGGCAUGCUCGGUAGAGCCUGGAUCCUACCUGGUUAAGGUGGGAGUGGGUGUUGAAGCAAAACUCCAAGAGUGGUUCCAUCUACCACAAGAUAUGGCAAGUCCACGGUAUGAUCCAGACAGUGGUCAUGACAGUGGCGCAGAGGACGCCCAAGACUGUCCUCCUCCUUUCUGUUUCCUCACAAUGGGCAUGGGCAAGAUCUUACUUCCCAAGUGUGGCGGACCUAACAGUUCAACUGGACCUUUCACUGCCCCGUUACCACCUCGCCUCGGGCUGUAUCUGGACUUUGAGAAGGGACGCCUCACUUUCUACGAUGCUCACUCUCUGAGAGUGCUGUGGGAGGGGACUGUUGAUUGCUCCGCCCCCAUUUGCCCAGCCUUUUGUUUCAUUGGUGGAGGUGCGCUACAGCUGCAGGAGCUAAUAGCCAAUCGCAGCACGGAGCAGAACCCGCCAAGAAGAGUGACUAUCCAAACACGUGUCACAGACACAGGUCACUAAAACAUCUGCUCGCUCGGAAACUUGUCAAAUCAGCACCUUUAAGCAAAUCGUUUUUCUAUCAACUUUGUUUACCCGCUUAUUUCAUAGGUAACAAUGCAUUGACUGGUAAUAUUUUACAUUAGGAUCCAUUUCAUUUCAAAAGAUAAACUUUAAAAAGUGGUUAUGGAUGCUAACAACAUGUAGCAUGCUAACAACAUGUAGUGCAGUAUUAAAUAACAAGGAAUUGUUCGUUUCUGUGGCCACAAAAUCGAAUAGAGUCUGUCUGCAGACUGCAAGACAUAAACUUUUAGUAUAACAUAACUUUUAGUAUGUUAUUAUUGCCUACACCCACUCCACACCUAAACCCAACCAUCAUCAUUAUUAACUUCUACACCUUCCCAAACCUAAACCCAACUAUCAUAGUUAUCAAUGUCUACAACUACCCCAAUCCUUAACCCAACAUCACAGUUGUUAACAUACAGCCGCAAGUUGCAGAGGCUUUCAUACUUGACACGCUCGCCAUUGUAUUUUUAUUUAUAACCAUAGGGGGCAACGCCAAGUAGGCUAAAGCCUGGUUUGUACUUCUGCAUCAAACGAUUGGCAUGACCCACGACGCAUGCCUUGCGCUUUGCCGUGCAUUUAUACUUCUGUGCGCUGUUUGUGUUGCUCUGCAAUAACUAGGCAUGGGCCGGAAUAAGAUUCUGAUGGUAUAACCUUGGGUAAAAAUAUCACGGUUCCACAAUAUAACGGUAUAGUAAUUACUGCUUAAAAAUAUGUUCUUUUUAAAUGUCUAGGUUAAAAACAACAACAUUUUACCCUACUGAACAUGGUAUAUAUUGUUUUACUAUUUAAAAUAUUUUGAAACAAUAAAUGUCCGGCUAAAUAAUUUAAAUAACUCAUAAAUAGGUUCUGCUGUCUUAAUACGUUUCAAAAACACAGAUUUCUUUCAACUUGAAAAGGCAUCUUUGGAUAUCUUUCUUUACUUUGGAUAUAUAGCAAGCCUCUGCACUAUUCAGCUCUACAGUAUGCUGCAUGUUGCUUUAUACGAGAUUUGUUUUUCAGAUGUUUUCUGAUCCAUGGACUGACCAGUAACUUGUGAUGUGGAGGGUCCUUCUCUAUUGUUGUCCUAAAAAAAAACUGAAAAUAGUCAUAAAACACAUGUUAAAAAACAAAACUUACAAAUACCUUAGGAACGGUAUAGCAGAACAUUUUAACGGUUUUAAAACCUUGACUUUUCAAAACCACGGUAUACCUUAAGGUCGGUUAUCGUCCCAUGCCUAGCAGUAACACUUCCGAAACGCUAGCUGGCAGUGAGGUUUUUAUGUUCCUCUGUGUCAUGUUUCUUCGCUGGUGUUUUGUUUUUUCUGAACGCUACCUUAAAUGUACAAGUGGCUCAAACUCGCUCAUUUUGAGGCGGGAACUGGCGGAGGUGCAACAACUUUAAUCACAAGGUGAACACAAAACAGAACAUUCUAUCUGGAGCUCCUACUCAAGACUCCACACUUGUAAACAAUCGGGUUUGCGUGGCUCUCGGUCCCGCCCACACUCGUCAGCGAUACCAUGCUGACCAAUCACAGAGCUUGCACUACGCGCGUUGCAACGUGUAGUUACAUUUUGAGAGGUGCGCGACAGCCACGACGAGGGCUAUGCAACCAUGCGAAGGCUGCGGCAGAGCAUACGCGUUUGCUUGAUGCAGAAGUAUAAAUCAGCCUUAACUAUCAUGACAAAACGAAUGAAGAAUUCAGCGAGUGGAACAGCAUGGUGGAGUUGCUAAAUGAAUGAAUAUUAAAAAAUAUCAAAUAAAUAGAUUGUGGAUAAAUUUGGAGAAAACUCAUGAAAACAUUUGGUAAAAAUGUGCUGUUCCACCAUCUUGCCAACAACAGCUCGUUGUGACAUCUCGCAUGGGUCAAUGGAAUCUCGAUAACUGCAAGUUAUGCCUCUCUAACUUGCUACAAGUUAUGCCCCCAUCUUGCAGUCCGCAGACAGAUACACUUGACAAAAUCAGAAACCAUCGAAAUGCAUUUCAGGUUCACUCAGGGUGCAUUCAAAUCGAAAGUUCUUAUAAAAACAAAAGAUUCCUUGCUAUUUACAAACUCGUUUUCCAGCAUUGUUAGCAUGCAAACCGCCUAGUAUGGGUGUGCUAAUAGUUAGCGAAUACCUUGAUUUAUUCAUUAACAAUGUAUGUGCUCUUUACAGGAAUGUUCAAAUGUCUUGAAAUGUGAUCAUGUCACAACUCCUAUCCAUUCGAGACGGCUUACAGCUGUCUUGUUGAUUGUUUUUUCAAUAGUUCCCGGUGUCCUUGAAUUGUGUUGCAACUUUGUGGCUCAACCGAAACGUAAAGGCUUUGGUUGGACAUGUUGUAUUGGUAUCAGUACACGUCCCGUGCAUAGAGACCUUGUCUGUUUGGUUUGUUUGGGCCAAAACAGGGCUGAUGCAAGCCUUUAGCAAGCGAAACGAAAAGAACAACAGUGAAAUGAGAAGAACCUGCUUUUGUGAGAUCCAUACAGGUGCCUGCGCCAAUCUGAAACAACCCAAUCUCCCAUUUGAAUGUCCUCAAUAACAAUCUCCAAACUGCAACAGUCUUUGACACACCUCUUACUUUUUUAAUGCUUUUUUAUAACCGUGACUGUUAAAGUCGUUUUGUUUUUGCAGACUGGGUAUGGCAGAUUUAGCAGGCAUUAAAUUGAAGUUGAAUACGAGAAUGCUGCUCAUGACCGUGAGACUGUCAGUCUUUAGUGUGUGUCUGUGUGUGUUGAUUAAAGGACAUUUUUGAUUGUAUGCCGGAUGUCAGUUGUAUUUAUGAUGUGUGCGUGUGUGUGUAUAUUAGAGAGAGUGUUAUUGCAAUAAAGACAGCUGCUGAAAGCUCUGGUUUUGGCCAUGUUUUCUGCUAUUUGAAUGCAUUGUUGCAGAUUCAGGUCUUGUUGUGUGAAUUUAUAUUGAUGUUAAGGAUAUUAUGUAGCAUUUCUUAAAAAUACUGGGCCUUUGCAAAUUGGCAAAAUGUUUGUAAAACACACUAAUGGCAGAAAUGAAAUAAAGCAUCAACGUUU